UCUUCUUGGCUCUUGCUUACUUUUCAAACGCGCACACAGAGUCACAGACUCUUCCCUCUGACAGCAAAUUGCUAUGGAUCGAGCACAGAUUUUGCUGGUAGGAUUACCUCUAUUUCUCUUAUGCACUGACCUUAUCCACCUCUUCACUCCCCCACCUCCUAAACCCCCUCCCCAUCACCACCACCACCCUCACCCCCACCACCAUCACAAACAACCACCAGUGGGUGCCCAUGAAACCCUAGGAUCUCCAACGCAGAAGCCAGUUGUUGGAGGGAUUGGUCUUGGCAGCACUGUCAGAAUUGACUUUUGCGCUUCCUGCUCUUACAGAGGGAAUGCGGUAACAAUGAAAAAGAUGUUGGAAACGCAGUUUCCAGGAAUUGAUGUUGUACUUGUAAAUUAUCCCCCAUCCCUGCCGAAGCGGGUGGCAGCCAAAUUAGUACCGGUUUUUCAAAUAGGAGUAAUGGGAAUUGUGUUGGGUGGUGAACAGAUUUUUCCGAUGCUGGGACUCAUGACUCCACCUCCUUGGUAUUAUUCUCUACGUGCCAAUAAAUUUGGGACCAUUGCAUCCACUUGGCUUCUAGGCAAUGCAUUGCGGUCCUUCCUGCAAUCCUCUGGGGCGUUUGAAGUUUAUUGCAAUGAUGAAUUGGUUUUCUCCAAAUUGAGGGAGGAGAGAUUUCCAGGAGAGAUUGAACUAAAAGAUCUUGUUGGCAGAAGGUUGGCUAAUUCUGGCAUUUCUGAUAUGCUGCCCUAGUUCUCUGCCACCUGUGUGGGGGGGCUGAAUUUGAAACAAGUGGUUAUGGUGGCUGUACGCCUGAUGGUAUACUGUUUGGAAGGCAGGCUAUGAUGCAUGCAAAUAUGAACUGUAUCUAUCUUUCAAAGAAUAUAAACCAUGUUAAUGCCUUGAAUUGCUAUUGGCAGGCAAAUCAGCUAACCCGGUUAUGUUACUUUCAAAAUGCAUGAAACUAAAAUUGAGAA